UUAAUAGUAUUUAAGUGCAUUUGAAAAUAUGCCUGGAUUAGAAAAGAUUCACCUUGAAGAUGCUUUGGAGGAUAAUCCUCAGACACGCUCCAUGGUCACGCUUUUUGAACAUGAUGCUGAAUUAUUAAGAGAUUAUAUUGAAACUCUGCGGUCACAUUGCGAUAAAGUGCUUAGUGCACAGAAAGAACUUGCUUCAGCUACUUCAAAUCUCUCCCAGCAUUUAAGAGCUUAUGAAAACCAGAAAUUUCCUAUGGAUACAGAUCCUGAUAGUGUUUUGAAAACAACCCUUCGAGAAUUUGCUGUCACUUUAGAUGAAAUUAGCUCUUUGCAACAAGUUUGUGCUGCACAGUUGGGAGAUGGAAUGCUGUUUCCUCUCAACCGAUUCAUUGAAGCUGAUCUAACAGAUAUCUUUACCAUGAUGGAAAUGUUUAAGUCAGCUUCUAAUGAAAUGGAACAAAGUAUCACAAGAUUCUGCAAAUGUUCCAGAAAGCGAGAUAGCGAGAAAGUGAGGCAGGAAAUCAAUGAAGAAGUUUAUAUGGCAACUAAAAAGUACCAUCAGACAGCUUUGCAUUAUUAUGCAAAUAUGAAUGCGCUGCAGUAUAAGAGAAAAAUGGCUCUUUUGGAACCAGUUCUUGGCUAUCUUCAUGCCUUGAAAUCAACAUUUUCAGUUGGACAUGAAACACUUAAUACACCCGAGCUAGAGUCAUUUCUAACAAAUAUUGGUUCUAGUAUACAAGGAGUUCAAGCGGAAUUGGGACAAGAGACUCAAAAAACUGUGGAACUGAUUGAUACCAUAGAACAACAAAGUCAGCAUUUGUACUAUGCUGAGCCCCCUGUAGAUAUGCCUUAUAUUCCUCCAAAUAUGGGACUUUCUCAAAAAAGUGGUUAUUUAUUUCUGAAAACCAAGUUUGCAGGAAUGGUAACCAAAUGGGAACAUGUGUUUGUUUAUACACUUGGAAGUAAACUGAUGACCAUGGCAAAAUUUGAAGUUGCUGGAAGUGUAAUCAUGGAACUUGAGAAAAAUAUUACUACUUUAGCUCUGGAAAAUGAAGAUAGACGAAAUGUGUUUCAAGUGUCAAAUGGGAAAAAAAAUGUGAUAUUUCAAGCACUGAAUGGAAGAGAAAGGGAUGAAUGGAUAGCAUCCAUUCAUAAUAUUGCAAAAGAAGGCUCUAUCAGUAAAUCUCUAAUGAGGCAGUCGUCUAGAGAUAAAUCAAGCAGACAAAAUACAGUAGAAAAAAGUCUAUCAGUUUCAAGCAAUGCUUCUAGCAAUGAUGGAGAAUUAUCCAAAUCAAAUAACACGACCACACCCCCUUCGACACCUAUGGAAAAUCUUCUGUUGGAAACUCCAAUACAGUUUGAUCUCUUUUCUCCUGCUGAAGACAGGGAGAGGUCUGAAUCAAUGGAUCCUCCUGAAGAUAGCACUUCAGAGUCAAAAUCAGUACUCUCAGAUGAUUUAGUUCAAGAUGGAUCUACACCUGCUCCAUUUUGGGAAGUAUUUGCUGUGAGAUUCCUUGGGUCAAUGCAAGUUCAAAAAGAUCGAGGUGACUAUCUAGUUUUCCAGACUAUACGCCACAUAAUGGCAGCUAGAGCUAUUCACAAUAUUUUUAAGACCAAUGAAUCACAUAUGGUCAUAACGCAUAGGACUUUAAAAAUUUUAGAUCCUUCUCAUCAAGCUAUUAGAGCCAUGUACCCUCUGGAAGAUGUAUCAUUUUGGACAACACACAAAGAAAAUAACAGAUUACUUGGUUUUAUAACAAGAACAAAGAUGGAUUCUGAAAGCAAACCAUCAUUUCACUGUCACAUAUUUGAAGCACAACCAACAGCAGAGGAGAUUUGUUCUGCUUUAUCAAAAGCUGCAAACAUUGCACUGUCAGUGCUUUUAGAUAAAAAUGCUGAAGAAGGCAGAACAACUGAGAGCCAAGAUGAAAACGCAACAGAACAAACUAAGGAAAAAUUGUCAGAUGCAGAAAACAUGCUAGUCACAACUGAAACUGCUAACAAUGCAAAAUGA